CGUAACGGAGGCUCAGCUAUGAUGGCAGCCGUAGGUUGACAUCAAAACCAUACAGAAUAUUAAGUAUCUGAAAGUUAGCGGAAAAGCCCACACACAAUAACAGCGAACACAUUAACAGUUUUCAGAUAGCACACGCUUUAACACACACUUGCCCGGUUAGGGGAACGUGGCACUAUGCCCGCAGCUACUGUGGAUCACAGCCAGAGAAUAUGUGAGGUUUGGUCCAACAACCUGGAGGAGGAGCUGAAGAGGAUCCGACAGAUCAUCCGAAAAUACAACUAUAUAGCAAUGGACACGGAGUUUCCAGGUGUUGUAGCCAGACCGAUCGGAGAGUUCAGGAGCAAUGCUGACUAUCAGUACCAGUUGCUGCGAUGCAAUGUGGACCUUCUGAAGAUUAUACAGCUGGGCCUGACGUUUAUGAACGAGCAGGGAGAAUAUCCUCCAGGAACGUCAACGUGGCAGUUCAAUUUUAAGUUCAACCUCACAGAAGAUAUGUAUGCACAGGACUCCAUUGAGCUUCUGACCACUUCAGGGAUUCAGUUCAAGAAGCACGAAGACGAAGGCAUCGAGACGCUUUACUUCGCCGAGCUGCUGAUGACGUCCGGAGUGGUGCUGUGCGAUGGAGUCAAGUGGCUGUCUUUUCAUAGCGGCUAUGACUUUGGGUACCUGAUCAAGCUCCUGUCUAACGCCAACCUGCCUGAGGAGGAGGUGGACUUCUUUGAGAUUCUCCGCUUGUACUUCCCUGUCAUUUACGACGUGAAGUACCUCAUGAAGAGCUGUAAGAACCUGAAGGGCGGGCUGCAGGAAGUAGCUGAACAGCUGGAGCUGGAGAGGAUUGGACCACAGCACCAGGCUGGUUCAGACUCUUUACUCACAGGCAUGGCGUUCUUCAAGAUGAGAGAGAUGUUCUUUGAGGAUCAUAUCGAUGAUGCGAAAUACUGCGGCCACCUGUACGGGCUGAGCUCGGGCUCGGCUUACGUGCAGAACGGAACGGGAAACGCUUACGAAGAGGAGGCCAACAAGCAGCAGUCGUGACAUCGCUCUGAAACUCUGCCAUCCCUGCUACUCGCAUCCACAAUCAGCCCGGCUCUGAGGCCCGGCGCCGCGACAAUAAUGGAGGAACAAACUACCAACGUACAUAAUAUGCAUCAUUUAGCGAGCUGUUUUUCAUUGGCUUUGCCAACUGUAGAUGAUGGAGAAAAGAAUCCCAGCUGUCCUCAUCCAUGCCGCGAGUUGCAUGUGUGAGUUUAGGCUUUUAUUCCUGCAAGGCAGCAUCGACGACGCGAGCGGUUCAGUUUAGUUAAACAUGAUGGGAUUUUAGUUUUUCUGAAGUGUUCUGUAGACAUGUUUUGCACUUUAAAGAGCUCUAACCUGAUUUUAUAUGGAAAGCUGAACGCAUUUCCGGCGUGUCUCUGUCUCUCUUCCCUGUUUGUUGCCUUUCUGUGUUCCUGUUUUAUAUUGUGAACAUGUAGGAAAAUCACCACCACGAAAGCAGCUCUCACCACACUCAGCCUUAACAGUAGCUGCAUUCUUCUCUUUUAAAACUUUUAAUUUAUUGUGCUGGUUCCGCGACGUCCUCCGGCAACCCCGUCAAACACUAAGACCCGGAUGAGCCCCCCGCCCUUCCUAAAAUCCGGAUGGAUCAAGACCAGAGUUUUUUUGUUUAUUUGUUCAUGUGAUUAAAAAAAUGUUUGUAAUGAUCUGAA